GAGAAGUCUGGGAGAUGAGGUUCAGACCCUGAACGGCCGGUGUGGGAUUCUUGCCAAAGCGCAAGAGGAGGUCGAGCGAGAGAUUGGGAGGCAGUUGUCAGAAGCACAGCAGGACCUGAAGCACUUCGCAAGCAGCUUGAGGGAGACAUCCGUGCGCGAGGAGGAGCUGCACCGGAACCUGAGUCAACGGCUCCGACCCCUGGAAGAGAGACUCGCUGCCCUGGAAAGCGAGGACGCGGCGGCCGCAAUACGGCGCUUGCGACGCCAGCUGCAGGAUGACCUGAAUCCCCGGGUGGAGUCGCUAGAGUCCCAAGGAAAGUGCAGAGAAGUUCGAAGCGACACGAACGACAGCUUCUGCAGCCUCGCGAAUGAGGGAGCCAAGUGUGAGGAAGAAGCCCGGGAGCUGCCGGAGACCUUCACGCAAGCCUUGAAGCGCUUGGAGCAUCACGUCUUAGACGAGCUCAGCAAGGUGCACGAACGGUGCGAUGCGCUGCAGCUGGCGCCCGCAAACGUUGCGGCUGCCAGCUGCCAUCCCAGCCCCGAAGAUGGGGCCAAAGAGCUUGCGAGGAAGAUCGAGAGCUGUGAGGAGCGGUGCGAAGACCUCCGCAAACGCUUCGCCGAGCGCUCGGCGGAGCUCGCGGUGCAUGUGCAAGCAGGCUUCGCCGAAGCCAAGGGGCACAUGGAUGUCGUG